AGACCAUAACAAUGCGUGACUGCCAACUCCCAUCAACCAUCAACUCUAUUUUACUUUUUCUCAUAGCGCUGAGUGAAGAACGAUUUUGGUGAAACAUGGAUGUAAGAUUUCUUGUGUUACCGUGAGCUAUUGCCAUUUGGUGUGAUUGUACUACCAUCUUCAGUCUGGUUUUAGUGUUUGAUCAGCACGAUCAUCUCCAGCACGAUCAUCUUCAGCACGAUCAUCAUUACUAGAACCAUGAACAUCGCCUUUAUCAUGAUUAGUACGUUACCAUUAGAACCAUCAUCAUCAUUAUACCAUCAUCAUCAUGAUCACGGUGAUCAGAUCACCAUAACACCGUCAUCAUUAUCAUCAUCAACAUUGCACUUAUUCUAUACAACACCAUACUCAUAACGACUAUCUUCACCAUCAUUAGCACUGACAUCAUCACUAUUGCCACAACCAUUGUCAGUACCAUCACUGGCAUACCGUCACUAUAAUCAAUCAUAAGAACUACAUCAUCAUCACCAUUAUUCUAAUCAACAUCAUACUCGCUCCCAGUGCUUGGGUGAGCCCUGGGAACGAGGAUGACAUGCUCCAUACUACACCCAUACCCAUCACCAACAUCACCAUUACUGUACAACCACCAUUACAUCAUCGCCCCUAUAAACCCACCCAUUACAUGUACCAUCAUCAUUACCAUCACCAUCCGUAUAAACAUCACCAUAACCGCUCUAACUGAGAUUACAUCAACUCUAUUCCUAGAACGGUUUAGAUGGUCGUGUUUUCCCAAUCAAUGUAACUAAUGAUCCAAAUAAAGCUCACUAUGACUGCAUUGUUUUCGUGAGUGAAAAUCUGGACUUUACAGACCCUCAACUGCAGUUCUUGAAAGCACCACUCCAAGAAAGAAAGACGGUAAUCAAAACUUUAUUCACUAAUCGUAAAGGCUAGGGAACUGGCGCUUUUGCCUCAUAAUAUCUUCGUCUCUUAACUUUUUCUACACCCAUUUUUAUCAAAUCUAAAUUAUCUUUAUUUUAGCAAUUUACCUUUCAGAUUUGGUUUGAAACUUAAUGAAAAUAAUACCAAAUUUCAGUAAAACCUUACAAGACAAAGAGAGAUAAUUUCCACUGUUUAACAUGGCUGCUAUUACACAUGAUAUUAAAUUUUUAAAUUUGCAUUGUGUAUUGUUUGUAGAAUGAUUCUAACUUUGAAAAGGACGUCAGUUUCAUAACUUUCACCGGCAGUGAUGGCAACGUAAAACGUCUGGUGAGCAGGCGCCAUGCCACAGGCCCUUCGCUACGUCAUAGUCCCCUGUAAUAAGAAUGCCUUACUUUAGAAUCGGUUCAUAAUAGGAUGACAGCAAGUUUAGUCACGAUUUGUGAAGAAAAUUGCUUUGCUUUGACUUCCAGGUUUACGUACCAACAGGACCAGUAAAUCGUGACUACGAUGACGUCAGACGAUACUAUGAUGCCGCUGGCAAUGGAAUGAAGAGGUAUGCUAAUGGAAUUGUUGUGCACAACUUGUCAACAAGAUGUGUUCGCAACAAGCUUUAUAUAGCAAGUUCGUCAACAAGUUGUAACAAUGCUGUUAUUUUAUCAAGUUGCUACAAGGUUGUCACUCGCAACUUGUUGACAAAAUUGUUGAAUUGCAGGACGAUACGUAUUCAUAACCUUAUUGGAUGCAACAUUCUUGGCUUCGUUUGAAUACUUUGUUUGAUUAUUGUUGGCUGAUGUUGGAUUGGGUUUGACUUUGUUUAAAAUUUUUAUUGUUGAACGAUGAAAAAGAGAGCCGGGAGGAAACUUGAAUUUUUUAACGCUUGCAACAGGCGUGUGUUGAAAUUCUACAUUAAGAGCUUCUGUGGUCUGUGAUUGAACUAUACCUGAAAAGAUUUAAAACACUUAGACAUUAUACGAGCAUCAGUACUCGCCAGAAGUUGCUUGCCAAAACCUUCAUUGACUUAAAGUUGCCAUUUGUGUUUCUACAGAGCCCUCAAGGCAGGAUCAAAGAAACCUGUUUUGGUUUUGCCUUCCGAGACUUCGUUUAAGCACGCGUGGACAGUAACUGCCUUUGGUGCUCUUCAAGCGUUGUAUACAGUAAGUUUAUAAAUAAAAUAUCGGCCAUGGUCGCAGGUUUAAAGGAAACGACUUUUAAAAUAUAAAGAAAAAAUUUCAACGAAAGCAGCCACGAAAGGUUUUGAAACAUCUUAACAAACUUACGAAAGCAAAAAGGAAAGAUUUUCUGCAAAUGAGAAAAAUAACUAAUCAUUAUUUCAACGAAUUGAAUACCUAGGUGCGCAUGUCUUUUUCAAAUAAAUAGUAAAAUUUAGUGAAACCAAGUAAAACCAUUGUUGAAUUCGGUUUUCGCAAGAUAUGAAGCCCUCGGGUUGUGUUAUCAACCGAAGCCGAAUUUAGUAAUUGUUAGUAUAUUUCGUUUUGAAGAAAAUGAACGAUGAAACUCUUCUCUUGUACUAAUUUGCAUAUGACUUUGUUCAUUUCACUAUGAAAAAGGACGAGCAAUCCCUUCUGUAAAUGAAUUUCAAUUUUUGUCAGUCGAUUUAUUUUGAUAUUUACUAUAUAUUUAGCCUAUUGAAGUGGCUGUUUCUGAUCCAACAAAAGCAAAGAAAGUCGAUUGCUUAGCAAUAUUCUUUACCGGCCCUGACAAGGUAAUUAUAACUUGAGGUUUUUAUUUUUUCAAAUAAUUCUCACUACUACUAAGUCUGCUUAAUAGUGAACGACGUCGUCCCAAUUCCAAAUUCGUCAGUAUUUCUUUACUCCAAGCUGGUUCGAUAUAUAGACUUGUCUAAAUUAUAUACACACACUAGCUGCUUGAUAUGCAAAUAUAUAUUACGCCAUAAAAAUGGUCUUCUUUUUAGCACGGUGAGGAAAUGUUGGAAUAUGUGAAAGCAGUAGAAAUUGGAAGGUAUAUAGCUACAUACAUAGAUGCAUUUAAUAUUUACACUGGCUGAAAAGGAAUUUAUUUAAAAAAUUAAAAUCAAUAUUGAAUGUUGGCAAUCAUUAGAAAAUCCUCGAGAAAGUCCGCUGUGAGUUUGCCCUAUAGUAUAUUGCUAAUAAUAAAUAUUUUCCAUGUCACCUGUAGAACGGUUUGUCGAGAUAUUGCUGCUUCUGAUCCUGAAUUCUCGUGUACAACUGAAGUGGAAAAGUACGUGCUCAAGGUUUUGGGAGACGAUCCAACCGUCAAGGUAAGUCAGAAGAAAACAACAAUGAAGUAUUUUCAAGCAGACUGCAUGUAGAGGCCAGGGGCAUGCAGGGUAAAGACUGGUUAGCUAUAUAACUAUCAAAGUUUUAUUGAGCCAUACUGAGUGUACGCUUAAUUAACAGAACCAACUAUAUAUUUUGGCCUUAUUGUGUAGAUUUCAUAAUGUAAAUGAAAUAUUCGAGUGUUUUUCAAAGAAUUGUGUGCGGUAAAGCGAUCAGUCAAAAUCACCCUUUCUAUAUAUAAUUCCCUUGUAUAGACUAUUUUCUGUGAAAAAAAACCCUGAUUAAGUCGGAAAAUUCUUGUCAUCAGGAUUGCUUUUAGCGAGCAGUUAUGGUUGUACUUUCAGUCAUUCUAAAAGGGCGUCAUCCUGACACUUUUCCUUUGCCUAUGGAACGUGCAGUGAUAAAAAUUUCAUGAGUAUGAUUGCCAGACAGACAGCAACCCAUGUACAUCCAUCUUUAAUUGUUACCUGUCAUGAGUCUUGCCAAAUCGACAGUCCUCGUUUCAUUUCCAAUUUGUUCUAACAACGUACUGUGUACCCCUGUCUUCCUCCAGAUCUUUUCCUUUAAUUUUCCGUCGUAAACAGUCCUCCAACUUACGCUAAUAGUUUAUUUAGACUAGAGCUACAACUGUAGUUUCUUACAUCCUAUAGAUAACUGUAACGAAGUGCCCUCACGAACUUAAAGAAAAGUAUCCUUUACUGGCUGCCGUAGACCGUGCUGCUUCUGGUAUGUAAACUAUAGUUACGAUUUGUAACUCGAUAGAAAGUGUAAUUUGAUUUCCUCUUCCACCUUAAUGCAAGUACAUAUGAGAAGUGGUUCCCUGAAUUUAAGGGUCCGGGAAAAUGGCACUUCAUGCACUCAUCAGACCCACUUAAACCACUUUUAUAAUAUUUUGAACGCGUUAAGGUCCAUUUCAGUAAUUCUUUCUCAAGUACUGGAGCACCGAAAAAUUUCCUGACAUGCAAAUUUCGCGGUGGGCCAGGUCGCCUCUGAUAUACAUACAUGUGUGAUUGGAGUUAUUCACACAACAUGAUGUCGCAGGUUUUUGUUAGUGUUAUGGAAACGGUAUACGCGAAAAUUUGUUUUUUUUCUUUAGUCACUGAACGUCACCGAGGGCGAGUUAUUAACUUUGAGUACAUGCCACUGCAGAGGGCGGCAAUUCAGAAAACUAUAAUGUUGGUUGGAAAGGUGCGACGCAAAUCACAUCCGUAUCAAGACUAUUGAAUUCAAAACAUGCCAUAGUAAAGUUACAUGUAUCUACUCUCACACAAUAGCCACAGUACUGUGGUAACUAUAGACUCAUUGCACUGACGUCACAAAUCCUUAGAGUGUCCUCCAGAUGCUCCCUAACAAUAUCUGUUCGGGUACAACAACCACAUAUGGCGCAAAGAUUAACCAUUUUAAUAGAAAAUUAUUAUAAAGUUUUACAAAAUUUGCUUUGUUUACAAAAGUUAUAUUAUGCACAGAUUGCUAAUUUGUCCUCCAGAUGCAUCGUCACCGGCGCUGUGACGUCAUGUGCAAUGGCUCUAUAGAUCAAGGAGGCUUACUGUAUUGUCGGUAUUAGCCGUGCAGUGAGGGAGUCUAUCCCCUUUUUGCUUGCGUUACACCAGGGAAAUGUUUUAACAGCUCCCAGUAACUUAACACACAGUCCAGUUUUACCUGAAACCACACCACUUGUAGGCUGAGUUGGCGCGGUGAGGAAUCGAACCUGGGACCUUUCGAUCUCCAUAUGAAUGCUCUACCGACUCAGCUAUUCUCGUUAUAAAUACUGUAUACAUGCUGUAAUAUUGAUGGGGGUGGGGGAGGAUUUAGGUUGCCACCAUAUGACCACCGUUGCUACAAAUCUUACUUCUGUACUUUUUUGCUUUUAAUUUUAUGCAAUCUAAUUUAUAGCCUACCAAUGCUUUCAUGGUUGAAAAACUGUUACAGCUUUGUUACACAGUUACAGUACUAUUCGGCUAUCAUUCAAAUACUUUCGGAAAUUAUUAGUUAUUUGGUACUUUAGGAAUUAUUCAGCCCGCCUCCUCCCCCCGUAGUAUCCGCCACUAAUGGUUCUUAAAGCAACGUUUUAUUACAUUUCUAAGGGGGUGGCGUACGAUACUGGUGGAGCUGAUAUAAAGACUGGUGGGAAUAUGCCUGGCAUGAACAGGUAGGAACAUGAUUUUCUUUCCAUUAGGAAAGGAACAUAAUUGCAUAUAUAUCAACUCGGUUCAUGGCGAACAUGCGAGGGGUAGAGCUGACUGAAAAGUGUCAAGCUGGACAACUACGGCGCAGGUUCAAAAAUGUUCAUAAAUGUCCUUCAUUUCCUUAAGGGACAAGUCUGGUGCGGCUGCUGUUGCUGGAUUCUUUAAGGUUCGUUACAAAUUAGGUUCUUUAUUGAUUUUAUUUUUUUGAGAUAAAGUUAUAGAUUCGUGCACAUAUUUUACUGGCCAUGGUAAAAUAAACAUUCUUCUAAGGUCUCUGCAUGCUUGUUUCUAGAUUCUAUCCAUUCUUAAACCUGCCGGUAUUCGUGUUCGUGGAACAAUGGCAAUGGUCCGAAACAGCGUUGGAGCCGGUAAGUCUCAAUUAAUAUAUUACUAUGAGAUAGGAAGGGAGUAUUUAAUUUAGUCAUAACAUGAACGAAAGGGUAAGUUUUAAAGAUAAAAUUCAAUCUUAGUUGUGAAGGGGUGAGGGGUUUAAUCAGGGGUGCUUGACACAUUUCCUCCAAAAAUGGGACCUUAAUAGAGGAUUCAUGUCUUUUUCUAGAAAUGUAUGUUGGGGAUGAGAUUAUCAAAGCUGCCUCUGGUGUGAGAAUCCGAGUGAACAACACGGAUGCCGAGGGAAGAUUUGCGAUGGGUGACUGUCUUUAUCACAUGAAAGAAGAGGUACGGAAUAUAGUGAUUUCAAAAACCAAAAUAUGUGUUGAAGGACUCAGUAACUAUCUUACUUUUUAUAAUAUAGGCCAUUGGACAACCUGACCCUCACAUUUACACCAUUGCUACUCUUACUGGCCACUGCAUCAGAACCUAUGGUACUCAUUAUUCAGUAAGUGGAAAUUUCGGUCAGGGCUAACUUUGAUGGUGUUCAGCCGUUGUCAAAGGAAUACUAACUUAGAGUUAACCAGAGUUUGUGACAUUCUGCCGGCUAACAAGGGGCCUUGAAGUCAUUCGGUCUAUGAGAAAAGUGAAGGCCGAAAUUGACGUCCAACAUCUAUGAAGGUCGUAAACACUUUUAAUACCAUUUCUCCCAGCUAAUUCCAGUUUCUUCUAACUGGAAUUGGCUGGGACCAUAUCUUUAAACAAGUCAGUGUCAGUUCAUAAAACCAGAAUAUUAUUGUUUUAAAUCGAGGUCAAAGUACGGAAUUUCAGCAUGCACACUCCUUGCCAGCUUCGUGUUAACCGCGCAGACAAAAACCAGUGACAAAAAUAGUAGAAAAGGACUGGAACUGACAUCUUGGGUUCACCUUUUGGACUCGAGUUCACGCUCUAGAUUAUAUAUGGAGUUCAGUGUAUGGUCGACAGAACUACAUUUAUAUAUAGCAGUUGAAUAUUCCGUCGAGUUAUUUUCAUGAGUAAUAUGAAAACAUUCUGUUGUGUCCAGGGUAUCAUGGAAAAUGGACCUGCCAAGAAGCAGAAUCUUUGCCAGUCUCUUCAAGCAGGUGGGUUUUUAGCAAGGAAUUUAGGAACAUGCAUGCAUCCUAAUCUAUCCUAAUCUAUCCUAACCCAUUGAUCUGAAACUUGAACUGGAUAGAGCAACCUUUUAGUUUUGAAAUCACUGGCUAAACGUCUAUCUUGUGAUGUUUUUCUCUUGGGCCAGUACUGUAAAAUGGAGAUUGAAGUAUGGCGCACACCUUUCUACGUAUUUCUUAUUGACUCAGGAAUUUUGAAAUUACAAGAAAAUCGAUUACUACUUGCAGUUAGCUAUAGAGGUGCAGUGGCCUGGAAUAAUCUACCAAGUGAAAUUAAAAAUUCUGAAACUGUUAAUAUUUUUAAAGCAAAACUCAAGAUUAUCAAUUGAGAGUACAUUUUAAUAUUGUUAGUAUUUGUUACAUUAGUAAGUAAUAUGUAUGUUGAAUUGAAUAGUCUAUAUGUAUAUUGUAGAUAGUGUUAUAAGAUAGUUAAACACACUGCCUAUUGGAAGAUCACAUUUUUAUUUUCCUUCUCUUUUAUACAUAAUUAAAUUAAAUGUAAGUAGUUUGUGAAAUAGUACCGUGUUUAAAUAAAGUUUAAUAAUAAUAAUAAUAAUAAAGUCAUGUUGUAACUGAAAACACUUAAUUAAUUCCUUUUCUUAGCUGGAGAUUCAACUGCUGAGCCUUGUGAAAUUUCCACAAUGCGUCGUGAGGUAAACUAAACUAAUUGUGCUUAAGCUGGAUAGGUUUUAACCCAGGGUUUGUCUAAUUCAGCUUUGAACAACCGGUCACUAAAGUCAUCCACGUGACGAACAUGUGCUGAACAUAUCUAUCCAUGUAUUUGUCAAUUACGACUCUACUAUAUACUAAUCCAAUUUUGUCCCUCGCCACAACACGAAGACGUUUCUUUCGAAAUAUUGCAUUAAAAGGGUAAUUAGCAGAGAUAUGAGCAUCACCUUUCAAUGUUAUAGAAGAAAUUUGUUACAACACAAACAUUUUCGUAACAUACAUGAAAUUUAACUGUUCAGUUUGAGUCGAUCAAGGGGAGGUGCAUGAAUUUUUAGAGGGGUGCACAACAUCUCAGGGUAAGUGCUCAAGAUAAAAACUCAGGCGAAAUGCGCACCUCCACACAUCUCCAGUCUCAAAAUUCGGCCAUGGUUUUGGCAGAUACAAUACUAUAAAGUGAACAUGGCGUAAGGCAGUACAACACAGUCAACACUGUACUGUGUGGACUGUUCAAAUGAUCAUAAUACUUUUUCACACAGGACUUUGAUGCAAGUGCAUCGAAAACAGAGUACGAAGAUUUCUAUCAAAUAGACAAGUCGAGCGGAAAUCGAGGACAUCAGUACGCUGGUGUGUUUUUGCAACGUGCUUCUGGUUUGGACAAGGUAAUUUGUAAUCUCAUUUAGAUCCUUUUAUUUCAAGGUGAUUUGAUACACUACUUCAAUGAAAUUAUCCAUGAUAUGUUUUUGUUGUGUAAUAUUACUGGCAGCCGACAAUGGCCCGGGGGAAAACAACAUUACAGACACCUAUUGUCAUAAUAUUGUUCGAACUUUACCCAUUGAGUUAGGUCGAACCAACUCCAUGAAUAACUAACCUAACUGGUGUUUAUCAUUCAUAGCAUGGCUUGGACUCUGACAAGCAGUUACCAUAUAUGCACAUUGAUAUUGCUGGAUCCAGCGGAAUCUAUCCAGAUAUGCCAUUUGCCACACCCCUCCUUGGUUUGUCUGCAUUUUAUCUCAGAGAUCUUUUCGUGUGCAAAAAAGAUUGUGAACAUCAUAAAUAGUUAAUGAAAGUAAUGAUGAAAUGAUUUGAAUGUCUUGAAUUGUUUGUACUGGUUGGCACUGUCUAAGUUUCUUUGGUCUCCACUCAAAUUGUCAAACUUUAGAGAAAACGUCUGGUUGAAAACGUUAUACAGAGUGUAUCAAAAAAAGGUAAUCGAACUUCAGCGCGCUAUUGUAUCUGAAUUACUCUGCGUAUGAACGUGAUUUUGUCACAUUCGGAAAGAUCAUGCUUUUAGCUGUUGAAUGAUAUCUUCUUCAUGCCAAAUGGAUAAAAAAUGAACAAAUACGAAUCCGAUAAAAAAUGUUAGGCAGAAUCGCAUAUUUUCACCGUUGAGAGUUGGGUUUAAAACCAUUGAAAAUGAACCCCCUUUGGUACUUAAGUUGAUGAAUUUCACUUCAAUAAACGACGCACAUAUUCAUAAUUAUUAUUAAGUACGAAUAAAUCUUUAACUAAGCUACGACACGUUCGUGAUUAAUUGCUUUUUCUUUUGUUAUGCAUUGUUUUAAUUAGGCACAGAUACAAAAUAUGGGAUUUUGACUAACAUUUUUGAUCGGCCUCGUACAUGCUUAUUUUUUCUCCACUUGGUAUGAAAAGCAUGUCAUUCAACAGCUAAAAGCCCGAUCUUUCCGAAUAUGAAAACCAAUUGUUCAUACGCCGAGGGAUUCACGUAUAAUAGCGCGCUGAAGUUGAAGUUCGAUUACCUUUUUUUUAUAACUGAAAUUGACUCAAACUUUUGAAGCAUUUUUGAAAACUUGUGCUUUGAUUGAAAUCUUUGAAAGCGGUUGAUACAAUCUUCGUACACAGUAAGUUGCAACCGAAGUGUACUUCUUUUUUGAAUCAAAGAAACUUCGGUAGUGAAACUUGAUACUACAAAGUAUAGAAUGUAACGUCUUGUAUUGACUGUUAAACAAAUAAAGCAUUGCAAUGUAUG